AUGGCUGAAGUCCCGGAGGACUAUGAUUCCGGCCCAGAUGAAGAUGGAGAGCCGGAGCCUGAGAGGCCUGAACUGCCUGGACUUCAUAAAUUGUAUGAAAAUGCCGAACCAGACACCAUGGCAAAGGCAGACUCGAAGCUACCAGCAGAGAUUUACCAAGAGCCACAGCCAGAGACCGAGGAAGAGGACUUCAAAGAGGGGGAGCCAGACAGUGCUAAGAACGUGCAGCUGAAACCUGGCGGGACGUCCCAGGAAGGAAUUGCCAAGGAGUCCAAGAGAGACGUACCAAGCGAAACUGAACCAGGGAUACACCAAGAGGUAAAGUCGGAAACAUCCAGAGAGAUGGGAGAGUUUUUCAAAGAUUUGGAGGCCCCUAUGGAUGAAACGCAUAAAGAGUCAGACCUAGAGCCACCAGAGGAGGCUAAACCAAAUGUUACAGAGGAUGUGUUCCUAGAGUCAGCUAUGGAAACAGAUCCAGAUCCAGUGCCACCAACGGAAACCAUGUCUGAGGUUUCGGGGGCCACAGUCACAGAGAUAAAUUUAGAAUUACUAGAGGAGGAGACUGAACCGGGGGUUCCAGAGGAAUCACUUAGAGUGCAACAUGAAGAGACAGGUCUAGAGCCUCCAGAGCAGACCAAACCAGAUUUUCCAAGUGAGAAACCAGGAGAAUCACUUGAAGAGACAGAUCUUCAGCCACCAAAGAUGACCAAACCAGAGAUUCCAGAGGAGACACAAAGAGAGUCAACUGAGAAGAAAAGGACAGAGCCACCCAAGCAGGCUAGACUGGAAUUUCCGGAGAAGGAACCAAGAAAGUCUAGUGAGGAGGCAGGUCUAGAGCCUCCAGAAGAGACUCAACCAGAGGUUCGAGAGGAGAUGCAAAGAAAGGCAACUGAAGAGAAAGGGACAGAACUACCUGAGCGGACUAAACCAGACUUUCCAGACCACAAGCCAAGAAAGUCUACUGAUGAGAACGUUCCUGAGCCACUAGAAGAGAUCAAAUUAGAGUUUCCUGAGGAAGAAUCAAGAAAACCAAAUGAGGAAACAAUUCUAGAACAAUCAGAAAUGAUGAAACCAGAAAGUCCAGAAGAGAUAAGAAAGUCAAAUGAAAAAAAAAAUCCACAGCCACCAGAGGAGACUGGUCCAGUGCUACCACAGGAGAUCAACCCACAAGUUGAAGAGAAAACACAAACAAAGCCAACUGAGGAGAAAAUUCUAGAGUUACCAGAUGAAACCAAACCAAGAGAGACACAUGUAGAAUUUUCCAAGGAAGACAGGCCAGAACCAAUAAAGUCUAAGUAUUCUGUAGGAAACGAUGAGCUAGAGCACCGUGAGCCUAAAAGAGGAAAGUUGUCACUAAGUGACGAAUUUAGAAAAGAAUAUUAUGCAUUAGGAUCUCUCAGAGAAAGUGAAGAAUCAAUUGGUACACAUGAUGAGUUUUUGCAACCACUCCAAAAAUUGCUUAAUGUCAGUGAAGAAUGCUCAUACUCAGAUCCCUCAGAGUCUCAGACAGAAUUAAGUGAGUUCAUUCAUGAAAAGGAAGUUGUAGAUUUGUCCCAAGAGUUGAAGGAACGGGUCUCUGAAGAUGAUGAAACCCAGCCAGAAAAAGGGACUGAGUUACAAUUUGAGCAUCUUAAUUGGGAUCCAGAGGAAGUUGCAGAGUGGAUUAGCCAGCUAGGCUUCCCUCAAUACAAGGAGUGUUUUAUCACAAACUUCAUCAGUGGCCGAAAACUCAUUCACGUCAACUGCUCAAACCUCCCUCAGAUGGGGAUAACAAACUUUGAGGACAUGAAGGCAAUUUCUCGGCAUACGCGGGAGCUCCUGGAAAUUGAAGAGCCAUUAUUCAAACGCUCCAUCAGCCUUCCCUAUAGGGAUAUUAUCGGCUUAUAUUUAGAGCAAAAAGGUCAUACUGGGAUAAAAUAUGAUUCCUUGACUUUAUCUGAAUUUGUCAAAGCAGCAGGAUUACAGGAUUAUGCUCCAGAAAUAACUGCCCCUGAAGAGAAUGAGGAAUUACCUUGCACUGAACCACAGGGGAAAUCCACUUCACAAAGCUUGAAAGAUCAAACUAAAUUACUUGAGGGAAGAGAGGCCAUAUAACAUAUCUCAGUAUUUGGUAACAUUAAAUGGAUUUCACCGAUAUAAUCAAAUUUCUAAACAUGAAGCCGGGAAAUCAUGUCACAUGAGGAAUGGUUGAAACAACCAUGAGUACUGAACCUGAAGAAGCAAGGACUACUGGGUAGACUCCACACCUGUCUUGAAAGAUACAGGGAAGCAAGUUUCAGCUUAACAUAAGGAAGCACUUUCCGAUAACGAAGGCUGUUCAAAAACAAACUGAGCUGUUUCAAGAGCAACGGGCACCCUAUCACAGGAAUAUGUGGAGCUGGGUUUUGUAAUAAGUUAAAUUCUGGAUGAAAGCUUGCCCUGGAUCAGUGGUUCUUGGACUUUGGGGUUUCAAGGACCAGUAACACUGAAAAAAUGCAUCAGGUCCCUAAAGUAUUGCUAUCUUUUUAUUACCUAAGGUCAUAAAAAAAGGUACAGCUCAUUUUAGUACCAAAGAAGAAGAGAAGAGAACAAAAUCCUACAAUAAAAGAUAACCUUUCAAAUUAAAUAAAUUUAGCUUUAGGAAAAAAAAUCUCUCUACAUUUGUCUCUUUUUUUUUCCUCAGUUUACCAUCAAGCAGUGGAAACUCUG